AUGGAAGAAUUCUUCUUAUUCCAUAAGAAAUCUCCGGGAGCGCGAGCUCCCCAAGCAAUGCACGAGAUCCCCGAGCGCGAGAGCUCCUUGGCGGAUGCUGGGAUGGAUUGGAUCAUUCACCUUGAUACUGAUGAGUUGAUUCACCCAACUGGUGCCCGAGAGUACUCCCUGAGGCCAUUGCUUUUAGAUGUUCCUGACAAUGUUGACAUGGUUAUCUUCCCCAAUUAUGAGAGCAGCAUUGAGCGUGAUGACAUUAAGGAUCCUUUCACUGAGGUUUCCAUGUUUAAGAAAAAUUAUGAUCAUCUUCCAAAGGAUACAUACUUUGGUUUAUACAAAGAAGCAACAUGUGGUAAUCCAAACUACUUCCUUACUUAUGGUAAUGGGAAAUCGGCUGCAAGGGUUCAAGAGCAUUUGCGUCCAAAUGGUGCUCAUAGAUGGCAUAAUUACAUGAAAUCCCCAAAUGAAAUCAAAUUGGAGGAGGCUGCUAUUCUGCAUUACACCUACACAAAGUUCUCGGAUCUAACCUCAAGGAGGGAUAGGUGUGGUUGCAAGCCAACUAAAGAAGAUGUGAAGCAAUGUUUUAUCUUGGAAUUUGAUCGUUUGGCUAUCAUCCGUGGCCUCAAGGAAUCCGGUGUCUUUACCAAUACAAUAACAUCAACGUAA